CUCCUCUUUCCGCUGCUGCCGUCACACUAGCUAACGAAACCAUCGCGGCCUCCCCCCGUCCUCACCCAGCCUGCCUCGACUCCGGCCCCUCCGCCGCAACCUCCCGCCGCAAUGCCGGAGGAGAAGGAGUACGUCGCCGUGCCCAUGGGCCAGGCGCCGGAGCCCGCGGACCCCGAGGACCCCGUCAAGUCGCCGCCGCGCCCCACCUCGCCGGCCACCUCCACCCGCAAGGCAUGCUUCGCCGUCCUUCAAAGCUGGGUGUCAAGAAAGUUUAUGACUGGAUGGUAUGCUUUGCACGAACUGAUUCAUAGAAGUUGCAAAGCCUGUAAAUUAGCCUUGCCUAAUAUUCUCUUUUUUGUUUGCAGUGUGGUUAUUUUCCCAAUGGCUGUGACAUUCUUCAUCACUUUGUGGUUUAUUCGAUUCUUCGACGGUUUUUUCAGUCCACUCUAUGCAAAGCUUGGAUUCGACGUAUUUGGCCUUGGGUUUGUGACAUCUCUUGUAUUCAUAUUUAUUGUUGGAAUAUUCGUGUCAUCAUGGGUGGGCUCAACUGUCUUCUGGGUUGGAGAAUGGUUUAUAAAGAAAAUGCCAUUUGUAAGGCACAUAUAUUCUGCAUCAAAGCAAGUUAGCACUGCUGUUUCACCAGAUCAAAAUACAACAGCAUUUAAAGAAGUGGCAAUAAUUAGCCAUCCCCGUGCUGGUGAAUACGCAUUUGGAUUUAUAACAUCGAGCAUGAUUCUUCAGACUGACAAAGGUGAUGAAGAACUGUGUAGUGUCUAUGUGCCAACCAAUCAUCUAUAUAUUGGUGAUAUCUUUUUGGUGAACUCUGCAGAAAUUAUAAGGCCCAACCUGUCCAUUCGAGAAGGGAUAGAAAUAAUUGUUUCUGGAGGAAUGACCAUGCCGCAGGUGAUAACAGCUCUAGGACCCGCGCCAGAUAAGAACCAGGGUACCCGUUUAAACAGAAUGAUGACCGUGUGAGGCUUAAAAUAUCGUCGGAAAACUUCCCCUUUGGGGAUGAUGAUGCAACAUGUGAUGUACAAUUUGUAGAUUAGAUGCUGGAACACAAGCAAGGACUGUAUAUUAGGCGGGUCGGAAAUCAAAGUGGGGAGUGUUGAUGAUAGUCGUGCGCCACACCACACCAACGUUAGACGACUUAGUGGGAUUACUGAAAAUGAUUUGUGACUUUGUGUGUGCUCACAGAAGGAGUGUUCGGUUACUUGAGUUAGAUCAUUACAAUGUAACUUCAACUUACACAGGUUAACCUUUUUUAUGCUAUUGCAUUGUUCA